AUGCCAGGAGUGAAAGGACCCUCAGAUUACUCACGAGAACCAGCUCGUCACCCUUGCCUCCAAAUCAAUGCCAAGCAACCUUUCAAUGCUGAACCACCUCGCUCAGCCUUGGUUUCUUCUUAUGUGACGCCUGUGGAUUUGUUCUACAAGAGAAAUCAUGGUCCCAUUCCGGUUGUUGAUGACCUAGAAAGAUAUUCUGUUUCGAUUCGUGGUUUGAUUGACAACCCUACAGAAUUGUUCAUGAGAGAAAUCAAGAUGCUUCCAAAAUAUAAUGUCACUGCCACAUUACAGUGUGCUGGCAACAGAAGGACUGCCAUGAGCAAAGUCAAAACAGUGAAAGGGGUUGGCUGGGGUGUUUCUGCUAUUGGAAAUGGUGUGUGGGGUGGUGCCAAAUUGGCUGAUGUUCUCGAGCUUAUUGGGAUAUCUAAGUUGACAAGUACCACUAAAUCAGGUGGAAAACAUGUUGAAUUUGUAAGCGUCGAUAAGUGUAAGGAAGAGAAUGGAGGCCCGUACAAGGCAUCAAUUCCAAUCAGUCAGGCAACAAACCCUGAAGCUGAUGUUUUGCUUGCUUACGAGAUGAAUGGGGAGCCUCUAAACAGGGAUCAUGGUUAUCCGUUGCGAGUGGUUGUCCCAGGUGUUAUAGGUGCUCGAUCUGUCAAAUGGUUGGAUUGUAUCAACAUUCUUGCAGAAGAAUCCCAGGGAUUCUUUAUGCAAAAGGACUAUAAAAUGUUUCCUCCAUCAGUGAAUUGGGACAAUAUCAAUUGGUCUUCAAGGAGGCCACAAAUGGAUUUCCCUGUUCAGAGUGUAAUUUGUUCAUUAGAGGAUGUCACUGCAAUAAAGCCUGGGAAGGUUAAAGUCAGUGGAUAUGCAGCAUCCGGAGGUGGCCGAGGAAUUGAAAGAGUAGAUGUGUCUGUUGAUGGUGGCAAAACCUGGGUGGAAGCCUCCAGAUACCAGAAGCCUGGUGUCCAAUACGUCUCAGAUGCCAUGAACAGUGACAAAUGGGCAUGGGUGCUUUUUGAUGUGACAGUUGAUGUUUCACAGAGUACAGAGAUUGUCGCUAAAGCAGUGGAUUCGGCAGCAAAUGUCCAACCUGAAAAUGUGCAGGAGAUUUGGAAUUUGAGAGGGAUACUCAACACUUCAUGGCACCGGGUUCAGGUCCGAGUUGGUCACUCAAAUAUGUAA